AUGUGUAUUUUAAAUAAAUUUAAGCAAAGCGCGGUGGCGGGUUGCGAGCACGGUGCAGGCGGGGCGAGCUCGGGCGGCGGGCGGCCCGCCGACACCAUUCGCCGCGUCAAGGUGAAGAUGUCGUCGGUGUCCGCGCAGGGCGUCGUCGAGCGCGCCUCGGCCGAGCUCUCGCGCCGCAUCACGGGCCUCGGCCUCCGCGGUCGUAAGAGGUCCCCCGGCGUGGUCGAGCGCGUUGCCAACGCGCUCUGCGGCCCCGCCGCCACUGCCGCCCCCCGCAUACCGCGCAGACGACGACCGUCACCCAGACCUUUAGUUUGGAACCAAUUCAUAAUGGAAGACAGAUUUCUUGAAAUUUUUUUUCUUUAUUUUAAUGCAAACGAUAGGAGAUCACUGGCUCAAGUUUGCACGAAAUGGCGCGACAUUCUCUAUUCGUCGCCGCGCUGGUGGUCCGGUCUCGUGGCUGUGCUAGACUGUCGCGAGCUUAGAUCGGAAUCUGGCUGUUGCAUGCAGAGAUUUUACAAUUCUAUAGUGAGGAGGGGUAUACGCGGUGUAAUUUUGGUAUCUGCCACCGAUGAUGACAUAAACGAGUUUAUAAAACAAUUUCCUGUAUCAACCCAUCAUAUACACGCUAUCGGAUUAAAAGGCUGCACAAUAACAGAUAGAGGAUUAGAAGCUAUAUUGGAUCACUUACAGGUUCUUUUUGAACUAGAACUAACGGGCUGCAAUGAGAUAACGGAAGCUGGUUUAUGGGCAUGUCUAACUCCAAGGAUAGUUUCACUUACGCUUACUGACUGUAUUAACAUUGCUGAUGAGGCUGUGGGUGCAGUGGCACAGCUCCUGCCGUCCCUGUACGAGUUCUCGCUGCAAGCGUACCACGUGACGGACGCCGCGCUCGGCUACUUCUCGCCCAAGCAGAGCGCUUCUCUCAGCAUACUCCGGCUGCACAGCUGCUGGGAGCUGACCAAUCAUGGCGUCGUCAAUAUUGUGCACUCGCUGCCCAACCUAACAGUGCUGUCGCUGAGCGGCUGCAGCAAGGUGACGGACGAGGGCGUGGAGCUGCUGGCGGAGAACCUGCCGCGCCUGCGCAGCCUCGACCUCAGCUGGUGCCCGCGCGUCACCGACAACGCGCUGGAAUACAUCGCCUGCGAUCUGAACCAUCUGGAGGAGCUCACUUUGGACAGGUGCGUACACAUAACUGACAUCGGCGUGGGCUACAUCAGCACGAUGCAGUCGCUGGUGGCGCUGUACCUGCGCUGGUGCUCGCAGGUGCGCGACUUCGGUGUGCAGCACCUCUGCGGCAUGCGCUCGCUGCAGCUGCUCUCGCUCGCGGGAUGUCCUCUGCUGACAUCGGGCGGGCUAUCGAGCCUCAUCCAACUGCGGCAGCUGCGCGAGCUGGAGCUGACCAACUGCCCCGGCGCGUCGCCCGAGCUCUUCGACUACCUGCACGAGCACCUGCCGCGCUGCCUCAUUGUGGAA